AUGCGUGCUUUGACAGUUUCUACUGCUGUGCUUCUGGUGUUCGGGGUCGGGCCCGUGGCGAGUGCGCCAGGUACUGCCUGCAAGGACGAGAACGGCAACUGUGCGGGUUGGGCGGCCGUGGGAGAAUGUGACGCCAACCCUGGUUACAUGUUGUUCUAUUGUGCGGAGAGCUGUGGCCUCUGUAGCCGCUCCGAAUCCGAUGUAGAUCCAAAGGCCAUUGUCACUGCACCUGCCGGAUCGGAGUUGCAACUCGCAAGUGGGUCGGGUUGGCGGGAUGCAGGAGCUGUCUCUCGGUACCAAUUGUCUUGGAAGGGAACGAUCCUGCACGAGCUGAUGCACGUUGUGGGCUUCUGGCACGAACAUCAGCGGCCGGACAGGGACGACUACGUCACGAUCCGCCUUCAAAACGCAGAAGAACGGUACCAUCACGCCUUCGACAAGUUGCCCAACUCCCGCAAACUGGGCCUGUCGUAUGACUAUGGAUCCAUCAUGCAUUACGAGAGCUACGCCUUCAGCAUUAACGGGAGGCAGACCAUCGUACCCAAGCUUCCGCUGAACGGCGUCGUCCUUGGAGAAACCGAAGAACUCAGUUCUCUGGAUAUUCGGAAGAUCAACAAGUUGUACGAUUGCUAA